AUGGUGACCCUUUUGGGAGGCCACACCGUCGGCAUGGCACACUGUGAUAACGUCAACACAGAUACAAGAAGCCUGGGUUUUUCAGUCCGGCUGACAAAAACUUGUGCCUCGGGCCCUGAUGCCACUGUCGCUUUGGAUCAAAAGACCCCAGAGAAAGUUGAUAACGAAUUCUACAGGCAGAUUUCUUUUGGGAAAGGUGUUUUGAAGGUUGACCAGGAUCUUCCUUUCGAUGGGCUUACUUCUGGUGCUGUGUCUGAAUAUAGAAACGAUUUGGAAGUUUUUCGGGCGGAUUUUGCAAAAGCUAUGAUCAAGCUGGGAACCGUCGGCGUUCUUGUGGAUGGUGAAGGAGAAAUUAGGAACCAGUGUUGGGCUUUUAAUAAUUAA